AUAUACAACUCAAAAUAAAACGACGUACACGUAAUAUAUCUGCGUCUUUGAUUUCUGAUUUAGGGGAGGACAAACGUAUUGAAAAAAGAAAGAACCCACCACUAAACAAGCUGCACAAAAGAAGAAAGUGUGAAACGGGCUCCCCAGAGAGUUGUGUUCGAAGCCGUAGUAUCAGUUUUACAAAGAGUGAUGAAGUUGAAAGGAAUCAGAGACUCAAAGAUGGUGACGAUAUUGCUGAACUAAAGAACAAGGUGACAGAAAUGGAGAAGGAGAGAAACCACAAAAGACAACAACGAGUUUCUCUAAGUACUGUUGAAUGGCAGGCCGUGAUGGACCACUUGACAAGAAAUGCUGACGUCAUAGCUGAGUUUGAAUCAAUGGUACCAGAAUGGAUAUCGGCUCUCGUUGGAAAUCAAGGAUCCUCCAUUAAGCAUAGAAAUGGUACAGACAUUAUCCCAGACAUCGACAGAAAUGGGAACGUUAAGAGUGGAUUGCCUUAUAGUCUGACAGAGUUCCAGUUGGGAACAGCGAGGAGAAAAGAGCUGUUAUCAAUGACAAAACAGAUCAUCACCGAGGACCACAUCAAUCAAACCAAGUUCCAGACUGAGAGUUGCAGCUUAGAAAAUGAUGUUGCCUUAAAGUUUGGCUGUCCUAUCCAAGUUGUUGGAAUAUCACGUGCAUGCUGUCGAUUAGUGGCAUGUCCAAGACUAAAUCUGGACGCAUCACGCAUUGACACAAACUGCUACCACAUAACUAAACAAGGUGAAUUGGUGAACUCGCCAGGCAAAUCACAAUCUUCUGACAAUCACAAAUUUCAAAUGUAUUGGGGAACAUGCAGUUCCACCCUUAUUGAUCUGACCAAUACCCUGCCUACCUCCCAAUACUGGGAGAUCCAUUCUGAUGUGGGCGUGAUAAAAGGCUGGUGGAGAAUCGUCUUGGACUUCGGGGUGGUAGAGGAAGCACAGGUUGACAGAGAACGUUGGGUUUGUUAUCAACCGCGCUCCUGGUGUGUGUGUCUAGAGGACUGUGACAUCCACAAUGGUGUGUGUGCUAAAGUCUUUAAGGAGAAGGAACACGUCAAUUGUUUUCCUGAUGCUGUGGCCCUAACCUCUGGCACACAAGCCACCCUCCACUAUGGCGUUGUGCUGGAUGUGGGGAGAGGGAGAGUCUCCUUCAUUGAUUUGAACAGAGAGAUUGUUUUAGGCAAGUUUGAUGUUGUGUUCAGAGAAAGCCUUUACCCCGUGUUUGGAGUAACUCCACGAUGGGAUCGCUACACUGUCAGGAUGAAGUUGGUCAGUGGCGAGGACAUCGCAAUGACUGAAACAAAACGUGAUCUCAUUUACAAAGCAGUGUCAUAGAGUAAGACUAUUUCCAUAGGACGUGACACAGCACGAAGCAACUGAAGCCAUGAAACAAUCAUUAUGGUAGCUGGACUACAACUGCAGCAGUGACAGGUGUGAUCCCUGUUAAUAUCUACAGUAAACUACGGUUAAAACGAACUCAAAGGGACCACUAACUUUAGUUCGCUAUAACCGUAGUUCGUUCUAAGCAUAUAUACAGCAUAUAUACAUCAAAUGGACGGGACUAAAAAAUAAGUUCGUUAUAUCUGUCAGUUCGUUAUAAGCGUGUUCGUUAUAACCGUAGUUUACUGUAAUAAUAAUAUAUCAAACGUUUUAAAAGACUUUACUUUUCCAUUAUGCAAUACACUAUAGAGCGUUUUUAUUUUUUAUAAAGCGUUUAAUUAUUAUUGUCAUACGUGUUAUUAGAAAUAACAUACAUGUACGUUACCAUUCACAAAUUUCUUUUUUAAUUGGUUGCUGACUAUGACUAGAACACACAAGAAUAAUCAGUUCCUCUAAAACAUUCCUAUUAAGUCUAUUUAUGUCGAAUUCUCAAUUAUUUGAUAUAAAUUCACAGUGACAUAUCUUGUCAAAUGCCUAAAACGACAUAGUCGGAUCGACAUUUUAAUGUCCCCAUACAUUUACAGUUUCGGCAGAAAAUUAUUUAAGCUCUGUUUAAUGAGCACGAGGACAAUGUUUUGACAUAUUUCAGCUAAGACUUGGUUUUGUCUUUAUAUUACCGUAUUCGACGUAAAAGCGCCCAGGACCCUCUAAAAAUUAGAAGUAAGGGGCUCUUAUCAAAAUAUUAUUUUGGUGAGAGAAAAAACAGAGUUGAAAGAUAAAUUUCGUGUUCAUGUACGACAGAUAUAUUUUUCCUUAAUUUAAUUGCCCAUAAUUAAGUUGCAUAUAACACAC